CACGUGGUUACGUGUCACAUGACGGUACACGGAAGCACUCAACAGAUUCUGUUCGGUUUACUCAAAAGUUGUACAUCAAAAUAGCGGUAAAGACUACCUGCGAAGGAGACUUAAAUUGGCGCAGAGAGUUGGUAUGGGUGUGUCAGAAUCAGAGGAAUCUUCUUUGCUACUGGACGAAAAGCUGCUUCGUUUCAUGGAGCAGCUGGAGUUACUGGAAGAGAAGCGAGCCACUUUCAACUCUCUCAUAGAGCAGGGGUGGUUUUCUAUGAGCAAGGCACGAUAUACGAUGGGAAACAAACAAGUCUCUGCACUUCAGUAUGCGAGUGAGAUUGAGCCACUAGUCUGUGUCCAAACUAGGACACUGGACAAUGGUGAGGUGGAAUUCACCACUGAAAAAUGUACACAAACGUGUAGUAAAGAGUCUGGAAAAGAUCAGAGAGCUAUAGAGGAUAUAGGACCUCAAGAAGAAGGUGUCAGGAGAAGAAACAGACCAAAAAGAGAGAUCGCAGAGAGCACAAGUAGCGAUAAAGCUCCAGCUGGAAAACGUGACCACAAUGCUCAGCAAGACCCACUGAAGUGGUUUGGAGUUUUGGUGCCACAGUCUCUGAAACAUGCACAAUCAUCUUUCAAGCAAGUAAUAGAACUGUCUGCUGAGAUCGCAGCACUCCAGACUGCAGUUUUGAGCGCCAGACAGGAGCUGAAACACAGCUUGCAAAACAAGCACACUCCAGGGGAAAGGCUCAGCAACUCAGCUGGACAAGGUAGCAGACAUAAUACUUCUGCUGAGUCAAAGCAGGAGGAGGCUGAAAAACAGCUUUCAGCCACAGACAGUCAGUAGAUUAUGCUUCAGGGGCUCGUUAACUAAAAAGAGAUCUUCCUGGUGGAGCUGGAAGAGCAGAUCCCAGCAGUUCAAGCUCUUUCUGUGGAAAUCAUUGGUAAUUUAUUUAUUUGAUCUCUUUUUUUUUUUCCUUUUAAUUGAGACGGAUGUGUUUGUGAAAAUGGUAUUAUUACAUGUGUUGUGAAAUCAUGAAAUGUUAGCAGAACCUGUUUAAAUGUUUUCAAUAAAUGGCAAGCAGUGUUUUGUCAUAAGGCUGCCUGUUUUUUUUUUUUGUGAUGUAACUAAUUACUUUAUUAAUUGUUAAUAAAAGAGUAACUUCUUUAUUUUAUCAAAUACAAUCCAUUAAUAAAACGUACUUCAGGGUUGGCAGCUUGUGGACAUAUUUCAUGGAUGUUGUUUUCAUUUUGAUUAAAUAGAUUAGAAAUAGA